AUGGCGGAAAGGAGUCUUCGUUUACAAGAAUCGUGCACUUCCAUCAAAGGAGAGAAGUACUAUUUCAAGUCCUCCCAGGUCGUUCAAAGGUAUUACGUGGACCGGAACGCGAAUCUUUCUUACUGUAAAGUUCCCAAGGCGGGGAGCUCCUUGUGGACUCGGAUUUUCAUGACGCUCCAAGGGUACCAGCAAAAUAGAAUAGAGGAGUGGGAACACACGACUAGGGUCUAUAAGAUAUUCCAAAAAAGUAGAAACACACUUCAUAGCUACAAACCGUUUUUUUCUCCACGACUCCCGGAGGAGACAUCUGUAAAAGUAAUCGUGUCCAGAAAUCCUUAUUCCCGAUUAUUUUCGGCGUUUAUUGACAAAAUAUAUUUGCUGGAUAAGGAUCGAAUUUCUCGUACAAUUGCUCAAGAAAACGGAAAAACAAAUUUCUCUUGUGGUCACAAUGUCACUUUCCAGGAAUUUCUUGACUAUGUUGUUAGCAGAGCUGCUGAUGGUAAAGAGAUUAAUAGGCACUGGGCCCCAGUUUACUUGCUAUGUCAUCCGUGUGACGUCAGAUAUGAUGUCAUAGGGAAAGUUGAAACCCUAACAGAGGACAUAAAAUACACCCUAAAUCAGGCUCGAGUUUCUAAAACUGCAAGAAACAAGUUACUGACUAUAUUACAGAAUAAAACAAGUACUUUUGGUGUGUUGAGUACUUAUAUGUCAAAAUGGAAUAACAAAAGAAAAAUAUGUCCGAAAUUAAAAGAAUACUUGUUAAAAAUCUGGACAGCUCUAAAAUAUCAGGGAGACAUUAAACACGAUAUACCAUUUCCAACAAAUGCAUUUUCCCCCCUCUUAACAAAAAACCCAGAUACUCCAAAUAUCACCGAUGUUUUCGUACAAUUUGUGAAGAGAUACAAACCUACUUCAGAGGAGAGAAAACUUCAGAGGAGAAGGGCAUUAGUGGAGGCGUAUAGAAGUAUCAAAAGAUCCACGAUAAGACGGAUUCAGGAGCUAUAUAAACUAGAUUUUCUCCUAUUCAGAUAUAAGGUGUCUCCGCCAGUGUAACAUAUACUAUUCAUUUUUGCU